GGCCAGCUUCUCCACACACUUGGCAUACUGCAGCUGCAGUGCCGGGUACAGGCAGUGCCAGGUUUGCUUCAGGGAUCAAGGCUCAGAGCAGGAGCCUGAGAGGUGACGAUGGAGGUCCUGGAGGGAUUCUCAGGGAAACCCCAGCUGCUGCCCUGGGGAGCUGGGAUUAUUGCUCUGCUUUUGACAAUCGUGACUGUGUGCUCCCUGUCCUCCCUGAUGGAAUACUGGAGACGAUGGCGGAUGAUGAGCUCAAUCCCGGGUGUCAGCCCCAACUAUCCUGUGCUGGGAAAUGCCCCGCUCUUAGAGCGGAAAGGAGAAGAUUUUUUUAAACAGCUGCAGUUUUAUACUGAAGAGUUCAGAAGUUGUCCAUUGUUCAAACUUUGGAUAGGACCAGUGCCUCUCAUGAUAUUGUAUCAUCCUGACAGUGUGGAGGUUAUUCUGAACAGUUCAAAACAUAUAGAAAAAUCAUACCUGUACAAAUUCCUGCAUCCAUGGUUGGGCACUGGACUUCUGACAAGCACUGGAGACAAGUGGAGGUCGCGGAGAAAGAUGAUAACUCCCACAUUCCACUUUGCAAUCUUGAAUGACUUUCUAGAGGUCAUGAAUGAACAAGGAAAUAUUUUGGUGGAGAAACUUGAAAAGCAUGUUGACAAGGAGCCAUUUGAUGUCUUUAUGGACAUCACUCUGUGUGCCCUUGAUAUCAUUUGUGAAACAGCAAUGGGCAAGAAUGUGGGUGCCCAGAAGAAUAAGGAUUCUGACUAUGUUUCUGCUGUCUACAGGAUGAGUGAUCUAAUCCAGCGGCGACAGCUAAGCCCUUGGCUUUGGCCUGAUUUUUUGUAUAUAUUGUUCAAAGAAGGAAGAGAGCACAAGAGGAAUCUCAACAUCCUUCACAAUUUUACAGAUACAGUCAUUGCAGAAAAGGCUGAAGAACUUAAAAGCGCCAAGCAAGAGAAACAUGAUAAUGAUGGCAGCUGUGAAGAAAGUGGUUCCAAAAAGAGAAAAGCAUUCCUGGACAUGCUGCUGAGUGCAACAGAUGAUGAAGGGAAAAAAUUGAGCUACAGGGAUAUUCGUGAGGAGGUGGAUACUUUCAUGUUUGAGGGCCAUGAUACAACAGCAUCUGCUGUAAACUGGGUCUUAUACUUGCUUGGACGUAAUCCAGAAGUUCAGAAGAAGGUUCACAGGGAAUUGGAUGAGGAGUUUGGCAAUAAUGAAUGUUCUGUUACAAUGGACAAUUUGAAGAAUCUUCGAUACCUUGAAUGUGUUGUGAAAGAAGCUCUUCGUCUCUUCCCUUCAGUUCCCAUGUUUGCCCGUACCUUGAGAGAGGAUUGCUGUAUUAAGGGAUAUCAGAUACCAAGAGGUACAAAUGUCCUUGUUUUAACUUAUGCCCUACAUAGAGACCCUGAGAUCUUCCCUGACCCAGAGGAGUUCAGGCCUGAGCGAUUCUUCCCUGAAAAUUGUAAGGGAAGGCACCCAUAUGCUUAUGUGCCCUUCUCAGCUGGUCCCAGGAACUGCAUUGGUCAGCGCUUUGCACAAAUGGAGGAGAAAACUCUUCUAGCCCUCAUCCUGCGGCGCUUUUGGGUGGAAUCAUGUCAAAAGCCAGAAGAGCUUGGUUUAUGUGGAGAAUUGAUUCUUCGUCCAAAUAAAGGCAUCUGGAUUAAACUGAAGAGGAGACCAAAUGCUGGAUCAGAAUGAAAGGAAUUUGAAGUGUUUACUUCCAAGAGUUUUCAAUCUAUUUAAGCUGAGACAUCUUUUAAAUACAAAUAUUUUGCUGUCAGUCCAGCACUUUGUUUAAACUAAUUGUUACUGUUUUAUUAAGAAAGAUACAGUAAUAGCCCUAGCUGCUCUACUUUUAUAGUGCUUGUGAACUUCAUGUUAAUCUUUGAAAUGCAAAUCUUUAAACCUUAAAUUUAAACCCUGUCUUAUCUGCUUAGAUGAAACUAUUCUAUUGCCACAGUACCACAAAAACUUUAUGGUAAUAACAACAGUAAUGCCUGUGAUGAAGUGAUCAGGUUACCUGCCAUAGCAUUUUCCAAGUAUUUGUAAGGUUUUUUGGUUUCUUUGGUUCUGAAAAAUUCAAGUGAUAAUCCUUCUUGGCACAAUUUUUUUUUUUUGGUGAUGGCUACCUCUGUAAAGAUCAAGCAAAAAUCUGAUAAUUUCACUCCUCCUUGGUAAGCAUUUACAUUAGUUUGUGAGAAGGGAGUGCUCUGAGUAAUUUUUUAGCAAACCAAAAGCAUUACUCUGUAUAACUGUAGCAGGAACUAGACAGUAUGCAAAUUACACACAGGAUUUCAUAAUGACAGAAGCAAUGUAUUUUUACAAACUUUGAGAAUAAACUUCUACUAUGCCUCA